AUGGCGGUGCCCAAGAUAACAGUGAUCAGCUUCAAGCGGGGCACGGCCGCCUACGUCCUCCCCGUCAAUACCAGCGAUGUUACCAAGGAGAAGGCCCUCAAGCGUACGUUGGUAGACGCGAUUAACGCCAGUGGUGGGCUCACGCUUGUCGAAGCCGAUAUCGGCGAGCCUGAAACAAUCACUGACUUGAGCGUCGACGACAUCCGCCUUGCCGCACCUAAGGAUAAGCUGGACAUUUACGCUAACCAGUGGGUCGAUUUGACUGCUGCUGGCGCUUUUAACGACUUUGAUACUAUUGCUUUCGCCUACCUUAAAGAGCCGUUUGAGGUGGUGGACCCUACUAAGUCGAUUGAAUAA